CAUUACGAAAUAUACGUGGCUGUUGAACAAAAAAGAAAAAGAAAAAAAGAGAAAAACUUUCACCGAUUCUCGUGAUCUUCAACCUCGAACCGAAUCCAGAGAGCGAAGAUCCAAACCAUCGUUCAUUUCUUGAUUGAAAUCGCAACACCAUUUCCGGUCACAGCCUCGAUCGGAUUCAGCUUUUGUUCCUCGUCAAUUUCUAAUAUUGAAAGGUUUUAAUUGUUGAUUCUGGUCUGGGGUCUUUAGUCGACGCAUGAAGUUUUAGUUGAAGUUUUCAAAUAUAUAGAGCCAUGAGUUUUGUUUUUCGAGGUGCAAGAGGUGAUAUAGAAAAUGGGUUUCCAGGAUUUAUACCCGAGAGGCGUGCAUUGCGUGUUCAUGCAGCACGACCUAGUAAUUCCAACUCACUCACUUUUCUCGUAACAGUUCUCCUGUUAUUCAUGAUACUGAACUCCCACCAGAUGUCACCAAAUUUUCUGCUCUGGCUAGUGCUUGGUGUUUUUUUGAUGGCUACAAUGCUAAGGAUGUAUGCAACAUGUCAACAGCUUCAAGCCCAGGCCCAAGCUCAUGCAGCAGCAGCCAGUGGUCUUCUUGGCCACACAGAACUGCGGUUGCAUAUGCCUCCAUCGAUAGCACUUGCAAGCCGAGGGCGUCUGCAGGGUCUCAGACUUCAGCUGGCACUUCUUGAUCGGGAGUUUGAUGAUCUAGAUUAUGAAACUUUAAGAGCUCUGGAUUCAGAUAAUGUUUCUACUGCACCUUCUAUGACUGAAGAAGAGAUAAACGCUCUUCCAGUUCACAAAUACAAGGUUUCUGUUCCCCAAAAAAGUAGCUCCUCAAUGCAACAAGCACCCCCAUCCACUUCUGCUGAGCCAGUAGCCACCGAAACUUCACUCUUCUCAUCGUUUCACUCUUCUCAUCGUUCUCAUCGUUUCACUCUUCUCAUCGCUUCCGCCGCCAGCCACCGUUCAGCCACCACCAGCCACCGUUCUGCUUCCAGCCACCGUCCUCUCACGAACAAUAUGGCAGCAUCUUCCUCAACACCAAAUUCUUCUACGUCGGUUGCUUCGUGUGCUGCAAUAUUCAAACCAACCAAUAGUAAAGACAUAGGAUGGAAAUAUAAUGGUUUGAAGGAUUUGAAUAAUCGGAAGAAGGUCACAUGUGAUUUCUGUAACAUGACAAGUAGUGGAGGAAUAAGUAGAGCAAAAAGGCAUCAAGCAGGAAUUCAAGGCGAUGUAAUUCCUUGUUUGAAAACACCGGAGGAUGUUAAGGCUAUAUUACGUGCCGACAUUUUUGAGAAAGAGAAAAUUAAGAAAGGAAUACAAGAAAUUGCGGUGCAAAUAGAUGCGGAUGAUACCCUUGAUAUCGAGGAAAUAAGUAGGAUUAGAACCGGAAAGAGGAUUGCCGAGAAUGAGACCUCUUCAAUAGCCAUCAAGAGGACUAAAGGGCCAUUAGAUUUGGUGUAUAAGAAGGCUAAGGACACAAGUAUCAAUGAUGCUUGUGAUAAAGAAGCGAGGGCAAGAACUAUCCAAUAUGUUGCUCGCUUUUUUUAUACGUGUGGAGUUGCUUUUAAUGUAGCAAAUGCAAGAGCUUUUAAGUUGAUGUUGGAAGCCGUUGGGAGCUAUGGUCCUCAUUUGAAGCCGCCAAGUUAUCAUGAACUUAGGGUUCCACUUCUUAAAAAUGAGUUGGAAUAUACGAAAGGUUUGUUGAAGAACCAAGAGGUGCAAAGAAACAAAUACGGUUGUUCAAUUAUGUCGGAUGGUUGGACGGAUAGAAAAGGUAGAACAUUGAUCAAUUUCUUGGUCAAUUGCUCGACGGGGACCAUGUUUGUGAAGAGUGUGGAUGCUUCCGACUAUGCAAAGACGGGUGAAAAGCUAGCCGAGUUGUUGGACACAUUUGUUGAGGAAAUGGGUGAAAAAAAUGUUGUCCAAUUGAUCACCGAUAAUGGAAGCAACUAUGUAGCGGCGGGUAAAAUAUUGUGUGAAGGGAGGAAACACUUGUUUUGGACUCCAUGUGCUGCCCAUUGUAUAGACCUUAUGUUAGAAGACAUAGGCAAAAUUCCAAAGGUGAAAAAUGUUAUACAAAAAGGGAUUAAGGUUGUGGGCUACAUUUAUAACCAUACUUUUGCUUUGAAUUUAAUGAGAAAGACUACCGGCAAUGUUGAAUUGGUUAAACAAGGAGUGACAAGGUUUGCUACCCAUUUCCUUUGUCUACAAAGAAUGCAAGAACUAAGAGGAAAGCUUAGAGAGAUGUUCCUUUGUGAAGAAUGGACAAGUUCCAAGUGUGCCAAAGAUCCUAAAGGAAAAAGGGCAGCUACUACUAUUCUUAAUGUAUCAUUUUGGAGUGAUGUUCUCUACACUCUUAAGUGCAUGGCGCCUCUUGUAGAUGUGUUAAGAAUGGUUGACAAUGAAAGGAAACCCGCAAUGGGAUACAUAUAUGCCGCAAUGGGGGUAGCGAAGGAAUCGAUUGAAAAAGCUUUCAAUUUAAAUUCAAGCAAGUAUAAAGAUGUUUUUGAAAUCAUUGAUAAAAGAUGGGAGUGUCAACUUCAUCAUCCGCUACAUGCUGCAGGCCACUAUCUCAAUCCUGAAUAUUAUUUUUCUAAACCAGAAAUUGAGUCCGAUGCUAGAUUGGUAAAAGGCCUCCGUAGGUGCAUUGAGAGACUUAGUGAAAGUGAAGAUGUGGAGGAUUUGAUUUCAGUAGAAUUGGCACAAUAUCGGAGUGCUUCAGGUCUCUUUGGUAUAAAAGCGGCAAUGAGACAAAGGUCGACAUUAGCUCCAGCUGAGUGGUGGAAGUCUUAUGGAGCCGAAACUCCGCAUUUGCAAUUGUUGGCUAUUAAAGUGUUGAGUUUGGGUUGCAGUGCUUCCGGAUGUGAGCGUAACUGGAGCAUCUUUGAGCAUAUUCAUUCCAAGAAGAGAAAUAAAUUGGAACAUCAAAAAUUGCAAGACUUGGUGUUUAUCAAGUAUAAUCAAGCUUUGGUAGAGAGGUUUGAAAUUCGAGAUAAAAUUGAUCCUAUGGAAUUUAGCGAAAUUAAUUUCCACACCGAAUGGUUGGUGGGAGAGAUGGAAAAGGUAGGAGAUGUUGGUGAAGAAUUGGUUGAUCCAAAUCAUGAUUUAACUUGGACUCAAGUUGCCGAUGCUAGUGGGGCUAAUGAGCCUUUAAUCUACACUAGGAGGUCAAUGGCACGCCCACAAACAUCAAGGCCACCAAGAGCAACAAUUGCACCAAGAGCAACAAUUGCACCAAGAGCAACAAUUGCACAACAAGUGGUGGUAGAAGAGGUUGAAGAAGAUGUUGAAGAUGAAGAAUCGGAGGAAGAUGUUGAAGAAGAUGAAGAAUUGGAGGAAAAUGUUGAAGAAGAAGAAGAAGAAGAAGAAGAUGAAGAUGAAGAUGUUGAGGAAUAUUUUGAUGAUGCUACAUGAUUUUUUAUGUUUGCUUGAAUUUUCAUAUUAUAGUACUAAGUUUGAAUUUGAAUCUAUAUGUUUUGAAUCUUUAUGUUUUGAAUUAUUAAGCAUGGCUCUUUGUUUGA